CCUGCUUCUAAUGAUGGUUGUCCUGUUAAAAAAGCAGACUUUAAAGAAGAAGCUGUAAAAGCAACACAAGCGUUACAAAACUUAGAGUUUGAUUCAGGUAAAUCAACAAUCAGAGCUGAAGGUCAAGCUAAAUUAGAUGCUGCUGCUAGUAUCAUUAAAGCUAAUACUGGUAAAUAUAUGAUAUCUGGUCAUACAGAUAAUACAGGGUCUGCUGCAUUGAAUCAAAAAUUAUCUCAAGCUAGAGCACAAGCUGUUGUAAAAGCUUUGGAAAGCAGAGGAGUGGAAUCUGGAAGGUUGUUAGCUAAAGGAUUUGGAUCAAGCAAACCAAUUGCAGAUAAUAAAACGGCAGAAGGCAAACAACAAAACAGAAGGGUUGAAGUAGGAGCAUUAUCUGAUGAAGAGUACCAACAAAAUAUGGUGGCUCCAUCUACUAAACCUGCUCUUUAUAAUGUGAAUAUGGCAAAGAAAAAAAUACAGCGAUUUAAAGAAAACGAAACGUUUAAACACCUAUUUCAACCCAAUCGAGAAGAUAUCUUGAGUGGAUUUUCACUUAAAUCUAAGUGGAAUAAAGCAGUUUUUAAAAAUGACUUUCCAAUUAUUUUAGAGCUUGGAUGUGGAAAGGGAGAGUACACAAUUGAGAUGGCAAAAAAACAUCCAGAAUAUAAUUUUAUUGGAAUAGAUUUAAAAGGAGCUAGAUUGUGGCGUGGUGCAAAGUCAGUUCAAGAAGAAAGUUUAAAAAAUGUUGCUUUUAUUAGAACUCAAAUAGAGUUAAUAGAAUAUUUAUUCUUUGAACAAGAAAUAUCAGAAAUUUGGAUCACCUUUCCAGACCCUCAAAUCAAAUAUAGAAGAGCUAAACAUAGGUUAACACAUCCCUUUUUUUUAGAGAAAUAUAAAAAAAUUCUAAAAACAGAUGGAGUUAUUCAUUUAAAGACAGACAGUGAUUUUUUAUAUGGCUAUACACAUGGAAUUAUUCAAGAAAAAAACUAUACCGUAUUGCUCACUAGUCACAAUAUAUACCACCCUGAUGCCAAAAAUAUCCCCGAAUAUGUUACAGAAAUUAAAACUUUUUAUGAAAACAAAUUUUUAUCUAAA